CAACCCUGGAUAUCUAUCUAUACGGUUCUUUUUCGAAAUAAUAAAUUUGAUGAAUAUGUUGAUACAAUAUUUCGUCUAUGGUGUAUGAUGAGAAGAUUCCAAAGAUAUAAUUACGAUAAAAUUCUUCCUUUUUGUCUGAUUUUUCCUUUAGGUGCUUUACCUCUUGGAUACCAUUCUCCUGUACCUCCAAAUAUGAAAAAGUUUGGUGAUAAAAACUUUUGCAGAAAUUCAACAAACAAAGAGGAUGAAGUUUUGAUAUGUGGAUAUGCAUAUCAUGAAGAAUGUUUUCGGGUAUUAGGUUUAAAGUGUGAACAUUGCUAUAAAUACUUAGAUAAAUCUAUUGAUGAAUUAACAAAAUCAUAUAAUCAGAGAUUGCACUUAGAAGAAACUCAAAUAGAAUCGAAUAUUAAUGAAGAAAUGGAUGAAGAUAGUUGCAAGAGACUGAUAGUUAUAAAUUAA